AUGGAUGACAUAAUUGAUUCAUUGAAUGAAUCAUACGACUCUUUUAGUGAAAUUAUUGACUAUAGUGAUACUGAUCCGUUAAUUCAAAUUGAAAAUGAAAAUAAUAGUGAGUUUGAAGAUUCUACUGAAGACGAGGACGAGGAGGACCAUUCAGUCCCUGUAAACAAGGCAAAAAAAGAGACAACAUAUUUUGUAGUAUUUGUCCCUCAAAACCAUUUGUGUGCCUCCAAUGUUUCCAACAUCAUCAACAAUGAUAAAUCACAUAUAUAA